AUGACACGAGAGAGCAGUUUUACUAGAAGAUCUUCCUGUAUACGUGUUGGGACUGUGUAUCCAAAAGUAUUUCCUAAUUUACAAGGAGCUGUUAGUGAGACAUCUCGAGUGAUGGUAGCGUCACGUAACUAUGCAGACUUUGCAAGUGAAGCUACGUUUGAAGUUAAGAAGUGUGACCUUCAUCGCCUAGAAGAAGGCCCUAGUACCACAGCAGUGAUGACUCGAGAGGAGGGUCUCCAUUACUACAAGACAAUGCAGACCAUCCGACGCAUGGAGCUCAAGUCUGACCAGCUGUACAAGCAGAAGAUUAUUCGUGGCUUCUGCCACUUAUACGAUGGCCAAGAGGCUUGCUGUGUAGGGCUUGAAGCUGCCAUAAAGCCUACAGAUCACGUCAUAACAGCUUAUAGAGCUCAUGGCUUUACCUACGCACGUGGAGUACCUGUCCGAGAAAUUCUGGCUGAACUGACAGGUCGAAAAGGAGGAUGUGCAAAGGGAAAAGGAGGAUCGAUGCAUAUGUAUACCAAAAACUUCUAUGGUGGCAAUGGUAUUGUUGGUGCUCAGGUUCCUCUUGGAGCUGGGAUUGCACUGGCCUGUAAAUACUUCGGUAAAAACGAAGUCUGUUUGACCUUAUAUGGGGAUGGUGCCGCCAAUCAGGGCCAGAUAUUUGAAACGUACAAUAUGGCUGCCUUAUGGAAGUUGCCUUGUAUUUUUAUCUGUGAGAACAAUCGGUAUGGAAUGGGAACUUCAGUUGAAAGAGCUGCAGCCAGCACAGACUAUUACAAAAGGGGAGACUUCAUUCCAGGGCUCAGGGUGGAUGGCAUGGAUGUUCUGUGCGUUCGAGAAGCAGCAAAGUUUGCAACUGAGUAUUGUAGAUCUGGAAAAGGUCCUAUUGUGAUGGAGUUACAAACAUACCGUUAUCAUGGCCACAGUAUGAGUGACCCUGGAAUAAGCUAUCGUACUAGAGAAGAAAUUCAAGAAGUGAGAAGCAAAAGUGAUCCCAUUACUCUGUUGAAGGACAGAAUGGUCAACAAUAACCUUGCUAGCAUUGAGGAAUUAAAGGAAAUUGAUGUGGCAGUAAGAAAGGAGAUUGAGGAGGCUGCUCAGUUUGCUACCACUGACCCAGAGCCACCAGUGGAAGAACUAGGUAACCACAUCUACUUCAACGAGCCACCCUUUGAAGUGCGUGGUCCAAACCAGUGGAUAAGGUACAAAUCUGUCAGCUAAAGGCCUUCCUCUUGGCGUAACUUAUUCAUAAGAAUAAGUGAAUGUAUUUACAGGAACUAUAAUGACUCAGAAACAAACCUUAAGCUUAUUUAAAAGCUCUUUCAAAAGA